AUGUUGUUCAAGCUGCCCGUCCUGUCUCUCCUGGCCGCCACGGCCACGGCCGGUGUCUUGCCAAUCAAGGAGUAUGGCAACACUCUUGCGGCUCUUGAUGAAAGAGCCGUCGGCGUCACCAGUGCAGACCUGAACAACUUCCGCUUCUACGUCCAGUACGCUGCUGCGGCCUACUGUAACGGGGCCAAUGCGCCUGGCGCCGCUGUCAAGUGCUCGGAGAACGGCUGCCCUCAGGUUGAGGCGAACCGUGCUACGACUAUAGCCUCCUUCGCCGGUGUCACCUCUGGCAUUGAAGGUCUCGUGGUCAGGGACGAUGUCGCCCGCACCAUUGUGCUGACAGUUCGCGGCUCCUCCAACAUUCGCAACUGGAUCUCCAACAUUCUCUUCGCCUUCACUGGCUGCACCGACCUCACAGCCAACUGCAAGGUUCACACCGGCUUCAACAACGCCUGGCGCGAGAUCCGCACCCCGGCCAUCGCCGCCAUCAAACAGGCUCGCGCCGCCAACCCUAACUACACCGUCGUUGCUACCGGCCACUCCCUCGGCGCCGCCGUUGCCACCAUCGGCGCCGCCUACCUCCGUGCCAAGGAGUCGAUCCCUGUCACCAUCUACACGUACGGUUCGCCCCGUGUCGGUAACGACUACUUCGCCAAGUUUGUCUCCGCCCAGGCCGGCGCCGAGUACCGCGUCACCCACGCCGCCGACCCCGUCCCCCGUCUUCCCCCCAUCAUUCUCGGCUACAGGCACACCAGCGUCGAGUACUGGCUUUCGGGCGGUGGCUCCGACAAGGUCGACUACACCGUGGCCGACAUUCGCGUCUGCGAGGGCAUCGCCAGCAUCGGCUGCAACGGCGGUACCCUCGGCCUCGACAUUGAGGCUCACCUGCAUUACCUUCAGGACACGAGCGCAUGCAGCCCCAAGGGUAUGGCCAGGCAGUCUGCCGCGCUGACCGACGCAGAGCUCGAGGCGAGGUUGAACUCUUAUGUCAAGCAAGACAUCCAGUUCGUCAAGGACCACAUGGCCGAUUAA